AACCAUUGUAACAACACAACAAAAACAAAUCAAAAACAUCUAUAAGAAAAACAAUGUCAUUGGUAACAGAGGAAAUCAAAUUGAAAGCAGAGAUUUACCAUGGUGACGAACUCUGUCAAGCGAAAGCGAAAGAGCUUCUAGAAGAAAUUGCUCUUCCAAAUGGUCUUUUACCAUUGAAAGACAUCAUAGAAGUUGGUUACAACAGAGAAAUAGGUUUUGUUUGGCUGAAACAGAAGAAAAGUAUAACACAUAAGUUUGAGAAAAUUGGUAGAAAUGUUUCAUAUGCUACUGAAGUUACUGCAGAAGUUGAAAAAGGUAAGAUUAAGAAACUUAAUGGUGUUAAAGCUAAAGAGCUUUUGAUUUGGCUUACACUUAAUGAGAUUUAUGUUGAUGAUCCACCAACUGGUAAAAUCACUUUCAAAGCUUAUUCUGGACUUUCUAGAACUUUCCCUGUUACUGCUUUUGAACUUGAAGAAGAGAAAUCAAGUGGUGUCAAAGAUGUCUAAUGUUUUAGGUCUCCAUUGACUAAAGAUGUGGUUGCUAAUAAAAUUUUCAAUGAAUAAGUUUAUGUUUAUGUUACUUUUUUAUUUUAUUUUGGGCAGUUUCAAAUUAAGCUAGGUGAAGUGGUGUAUUAAUCUUCCUCUUUUGUUCUUUUCCAAUUAUAAAUAAAAUAAAAUUAAUUUCAA